AUGAAUCCAAUAGAGACGAGGGAAAAUUGGGAAGAGAACCUUAUCAGGACCUUCACGAGAAUUAUGGAUCACCAUGAAGACUUUGAUGACAUAUCUUCUGCUUUGCUUGAUAUUCAAAUUGGUGAUUAUUUUGCUGAGUUGUUACAUAAACUAAAGUCUAAACUUGUCGAUAUGGAUCUUAUUCAAACCAUUGAGGAAAACCCAAGCACUCUAUUUGAGAUCCAUGGGCUGCUAUUAAAGCUACAAAAACUGAAUGCAUCAGAUUCUACUGCUAUUUUUGUCUUAGAUUUUGCACCUUUUCUUGAACAAGUUGUCCAAGUUGUUAAUCUUAAGAAAUAUUAUGCUGGUCAAAUUGAAAGAAAAAUUAAGAUCUUGCUCCACCAACAUGGCUUGGUUUCUAAGUCUCAGAGUCAAGUUUCUUAA